UCCUUCAUCCUCCUCCUCCUCUUCCUCUUCAACACCACAACAGUCGGAGCCUGUCGGAACUCUGACCCGCGGCUCUGCGGCUGGAGGCGGACACAUUCCUCUGUCCUCCCCCAGGACUCUGCGUGCCUGCCUGCCGGGGGGAGGGAGGGGACAGAGGGGGGAGGAAGGGAGAGAGGGCGGCGGCUGCUGCUGCUGUGCGCAUAUAAUUAGUUAGGAAGAAGAAGAAGCAGCAGGACGGGACGGGCCGGGCCGGACAGAGUCGCCCCCCUCAGGCUGCAGCCAGCAGUCCGACUCAGCUCGUCAGUGUGAACCGUUGCAGCGGAUUGGAAGCUGCUGCUGGACGCUUUUACUUUUCUUCUCCUCCAGUUUUUGGAUCAUAUCACUCUUGUUGUGAACGUGACUGUGCGCAGACUCGUGGGUUGAACGGAUCCGCGCCGCUGUGCGUAUUUUCGGUGCUAACUGAGUGAAGAUUGAUGUGGAAAUGUCAGCGCCGCCGCCGCGCACAGCUCGGCACACUCCAUCAUCCCGGCGGGGCUGCGGGAAGUAACUAACCACCUGUUGUGGAAGUUUCCUGGAGCCCGUGACGGAUAAACCCGAGCAGCUAAACCAGGCCGGCGGACACAGCCGAGUGACGGAGAGGGCGCGCGGGGAGCGGAAUGCGGCUUUUACGCACGGAGCAGACGCAGUUUCUGAGAAGAGGCUCUUCUGAUGAGCGAUAAGCUGCUGCAGCGUCGCUCCGGCCGCCCUGCUGUCUGUCUGUCUGCUGUCUGUCUGUCUGUCUGUCUGUCUGCCGUCUGUCUGCGCUGAGCAUGGUGCCAUGGUGCCCCGGCCUCACAUGAGCGGCACGCCGGAGCUCCGGUCGGGAUGGCUCGGGAGGACGCGGUGAGGUGUCUGCGCUGCCUGCUGUACGCGCUCAACCUGCUCUUCUGGCUGAUGUCAGCAUGUGUGCUGGGAGUGGCAGCGUGGAUCAGAGACUCCCUGAACACCGUCUUGACCCUGACAGCCCACACUAGGCUGGAGGAGGCUGCUGUCCUCACCUACUCUCCAGCUGUUCAUCCCGUCAUCAUCGCUGUGUGCUGCUUCCUCAUCAUCGUGGCCAUGGUGGGAUACUGCGGCACGCUCAGGUGUAACCUACUGCUGCUGUCCUGGUACUUCUGCAGUCUGCUGGUGAUCUUCUGUGUGGAACUGGCGAGCGCCGUGUGGACCUACGAGGAGCCCUCGGUGCAGCGCUCUGAUAUGAUCAGUCUGAAGUCGAGGAUGCCAAACUACGGCCUGCAGCGUUACCAGUGGCUCACACACACCUGGAACAGCUUCCAGACAGAGUUUCAGUGCUGCGGGGUGAUCUACUUCACUGAUUGGCUGGAGAUGACAGAGAUGGAGUGGCCUCCUGAUUCCUGCUGCUCCAAUCAGUAUCCAGGAUGUGCUCGCCACGCCCACUACCACGACCUCAGCGACCUCCACCAAGAGGGCUGCGGUCCGAAGAUCUACAGCUUCAUCAGAGGGACGAAGCAGCUGCAGGCGCUGCGUUUCCUGGGCGUGUCCAUUGGCGUGGCUCAGAUCCUCGCCAUGGCGCUCACCCUCACGCUGCUCUGGGCGCUUUAUUAUGGGAGGAAGUCUCCAGAGCUGGACUCAACGCUGCCGCCGCAGGACGACUCCGCCCCUCUCAGAGUGACUCAUGGAGCCUCUGCUGAAGCCUCACAGUCGGGCUGCAGCCGCUCCAAUAAAGGAUGUUCUGUUCUGACGGCCGCACAGAGCGGACUGCAGUUUGAGAUGGAGCGACUGUCGUAGCAGCUGAUCGGUCCAAACCGGUCUGGUUUCCUUUGAUCCAAAACACCUGAACCCACAACUUCAGAUCUGAGAACAAGGUGAUCACAGCAUUCAAAAGUCCAGAUGGUCUCAGUCUGAUGUGGUUUGGUCCCGAAGACAACACCUUCAUAAAUUCGCAGAUUGUGACAAGACGAUUUGACUGGACACAGAAACGUCUCUCUCUGACUUAAGUCCCGAGUUCUGCCCGUCCCAAACUUUGGACCUAAAGAGACCGUGGCUCUUUAUUGUUUCACUAAAACAAAUCUUUUAUUAAAGGAGAUGGUUGUUCAUGUAAAAGCCUAAAAAGGUGCCUGACUGACUGAUUGUUUAAGUGGUGCUGAUUCUGAUGAGCUGAUCGGGAGUAAAAACCUGUCUGGUUUCACUCCCUGAACAGUUCUACCUGACGUAAUGUUCAGGGUCAGAGUACAGCAGCUCUGAUUCAGCUCCUGUCUCUUUAAGGCCUCGGUCUGCUCUGAUUGGUUGGCUCACACACACCUGAACCAGCACCGCUGAUAUCAACAGAUCUGAUCAGAUCAGAUCAGCUGAGAUAAAUCAAUUCUUCUCUGGUCGAACUAGCACCAGCUUCACUGAUCCGUAUGUGCGACAUGGUGAUGUAGUGUGAUGUCACAAAAUUGAAGGCGGGACUAUUGACAAGGCGUUCAGGAGCAGUGUUUUCUGUGGGAGACACAAGCUUCUGUUGUUCACCUUUCUAACUUUCACAAUCUUUGACAUGAACGGGAACAUAAAACCCUGAAGGAGCCGUUGGCUGACAGUCGCUCAGUUCUGAUCCUGCAGUGUUAUUAAAGAUUCAGAACAGAAUGAACUUCUAUAAACUUUAUUGUCUACGAAGACAUCACUGAAAUAUUUAUUAGACCAGUUCACGUCAGGCAGCAUGUUAAUGACAAUGAUGAUUAAUGAUUAUUGAUACUGACUGGAGGAGGAAUCAUUUCAAAACAUUUUACAUCCUGAAGUGUUUGGACCGUUUGGUGUUUCUGGUUCUGUAGUUGUUUGACUGGACAUCCAUCAAGACGUCGCAGCAGAGAGUCAGAUGUUUCUGAGACAGAACCCACUGAUCCAAGUCGUUCGACCGACCCAACUGCAGACUGAGACUCUAACUUUUAGUUUUCCUUAUUACAACCAUUUCUGAGCUGUAACGUCUUCGGCAGUUUUGUUUACGACUCGGUCGUCACCGUGAGCUCAGAUCUGAAGCUGGUGAAUGAAGUGUUUUUUUAGUAACAGAUAUGAUGAUGAGGACUGACACAAGGUGGGUUCUGGUACUGUGUGGUUCUUCACUGGAUGAGAACAUGAACUGAAUGAACUGAAGCACUAAAGGAAACAACCACUGUAAGAACGGAGGAACGUUCUUAUUCUCGACACUAGAAAGACGAGUUGACUGUUUAAAGAAGUGAAGAGGUCCGGUGGAGCAGCAGGAGCCCGUCAGAGACCCGCAGAACUGUGCAUGAAGUGAAUAUUUAAUGUGUCCUUGUGUUUCUCACUGGAAUCAACUAAACAUUACAGCAGGAGAGUAAAGUGAGGAGCAGUGGUGAGCAGGGAGGAGGAGGUGUAGACAGGAUGGUGAUGAGUGUUGAAGCUGCUGCAGACAAAUAAAACAACCGUCAUGAAUCUGAGUCGUGCAUCUGUCAGGAAACACAUUCCCUCAUGUACUGGAUAAAAGAGUGGGCGGAGCCACUGUGACAUCACCCACAGGUCUCUGGGGAGCCAGCAUGAAGGUCUGGGGGUACCGGCCACCGUCAGCUUGGCAGCACCCGACUCCACCCGACUCCAUCCGACUCCUGGCUAAUCAAAAACAGGUGGAGCGAGUCUAGUUAGUAAAGAAGGCUACAGAGCUGGAAGCUACCAGGCUAGCUAAUGCUAACAAGCUAUCAGUGUUCACACAGAAAGA